UCACAAAUGUCAAUUUCAAUUUCAAUAUAAUCACUGAGUUAUUUUACUUACAGCAGCACCGUCAAUUUCACAGUUAACUUAAAUUUUUUGAUAAAACGUAAAAUAAUGAAAUUUCGUCUCACAUUAUUGAAGUUGAAGUACCAUAUUUAAAUAAUUUCAUCACCAUGGAAGACGUAUUAGACGAAGUAGUUUCAUCGGAAGAUUUACAAAAAUUCGAAAAGAUUUUUCAUGAACAAUUACACCAAGGUAAUGUAACGCCCAAAGCUCAAUUCGAAUAUGCGUGGUGCUUGGUAAGAAGCAAAUAUCCGACCGAUAUUAGAAAGGGUAUAUUACUUCUAAAAGAAUUGUUUAACUCUCAUUCAGAAGGCAAGCGUGAUUACCUUUUCUACCUUGCUAUUGGCAAUGCUAGAAUUAAGGAAUAUAAUAAGGCACUGCAUUAUGUUAAGUCAUUCCUUGAAAUUGAACCCGCUAACCAGCAAGUAUUGGCUCUUGAGCACCAAAUAAACAAGCGUAUGGAGAAGGAGGGUCUGAUAGGUAUGGCAGUGGCGGGCGGCGCUGUGCUCGCUAUCGGAGGUCUCGUCGGCCUCGGCAUAGCUCUCGCUUCUAAACAUAAAUAGCAAUUGGCCUUCAUAAUGAAUGCUUUAGUGAGCGUUCAUUAUCUUCUGACGAAGAAGAAGAAAUUAAAAGAGGAUUAGUGGAAUGUUCCAGGUUCACAAAAUUAAGAAUUUUCACUUUAUAUGCUAGACUAUCCAAAGUAUAUAAAAUAGAGUAAAUACUUUUUACUCCAAAAAAAAAAGCUAUUUAGAAAAUAAUGUCUAAUUAAAAAUUGUAGUGUAUUUAUUUAUAAGAAUGAAUAUAGUCGAUAUGUAUCACCAAAUGUUUAUAAUUUAUUCUAAUAGCUUUAGGCUUAUUUGUAGUUAAGAACAAGUGAUUAAAUAUUUUGCACAUGUAAUUCCAUUAAAUAAAUGUGGUUCUUUUACAUGGUUUAUAUCUUUAAGUAAAUUCAUCAAAUCAAUGCACAUAAGCUUCAAGUAUUUAGUAAUAUAAUAUCGACUUAAAAAUAUUUAUAUCUUUUAAUUAGUAUGUGUAUUACAUAUUGAUGUUAUCUUUAUGUCGAUUUUACAAAUAAAUUAUUAAAUUAUUGUCAAAUCGUUACCUUCAAUAUAAACUACAACAACCCCUAAAUCCAAUAUAAGCUAUGAUAACUGUCAAAUGUGUUGUAUACAUCUAAGUCAUCAUUCCGAAGGUUGUCUGCUUAGAUUAUAAAUAAUAGCAUUAAAUAAUUCAAGAUCUUGUUUGUUUUCCAAGCUAUCAUUUGCUGUUCGUAAUUAAUCAAACAGGUUUUAUUAGUUACAGAAUCGAGUUGGUGCUGAGUAAAAAAAAAAACAGGAAAUUUCAAAACAAUUAUUUUUAUUACCUUGUUUAUAAUAAUGUAGUGAAGCAGCAUACGUCUAGUACACUAAUGUACAAUGGCAGAGGCGUGGCAUUGAUUUAAAAUUAAAAAAAUAUUUCUUACUUUUUAUACUAUCAACAACUGAGAUAAUUUUUUUUAAAUAGUAGUAUUUGAAUUUUUACUAGUGGCAAGAGUAUUCUAACGUAUAUAGUGGGGCCACUUAAAUAAUUUCAAAAGUUGGAAGAUAAAUAAGAAAUAUUCUUACAAUAUAAAUAAUAUUUUCUUUUUUAAACGACAGCAAAAUAUAUUUUGAUUUGCAACGUUGAAAAACUAAGUGUGCAUAUAAAAUUAAACUUAUACUGAUAUGGAAUAAAUCUAUGGUAUAAUAACAACCUGCAUUUGUCAUGUGCGAUGGAAACAUUUGUAAUUCAUCUAACAACUAGUGAUUGUAUAUAGUAAUUUAAUUCCAAGGAAUAUUUUUUAAUAUUUUGUGCUCUCUAGUAAAAUAUAUUUCUUUACUCA